GUCCUGCUCCCCGAGGCCCCUCUCUCUUUCCCCACGACUCUGACGACGACACGCCCACCCACGAACCGAAGGACACAGCUGCCUCGUGCCCUAUCCCGUUUUGUCACAAGAAGAGCGUUCAUCUCUGGACAGUGAGAGACCGAACCGGCGCGAAGCUCGAGAAGAACAAGGAACAGCAGCCAGCCACAGGUGAAAACAUAGCAUAACGCGAAACGGAACGGGAUGCGAGGAUCAGAUACUGCUGUGGCCAGCCUCGAGGACGCAUCCGCCCCGGUUCGCACGAAUGCGAAGAACGCGUUGAAGCCUCGCCGCCGAGCCGUGCGCCCGUCCACGCAUAUCACGCCUGUCCUCUCAGCCAACUCACAAACAUAUAAAUCGGCCCUCUCUAUUUCCUAUCGUGCCCCUUCUCCUUUCCCAUCCUCAGACGACCGCUCGCCCUCGCCCUCGCCACCCGGCCGUCGCAGCACUCCCCGUCACACGCCUAACCAGCUUCGAUCGCCUAGGCUAGCCAACAUCUCCACAUCCGCGACGUUACCCCAACGCCAUCGACACACUAAAUCCCUCGUCACACAACCUUCCGUUUCACCCCUAUCCCUAUCUCCCUCUACCCCCCUUUCAAAACUACCUCCAUCCCCCCUUUCACCCCCCCUCUCGACAUUCCGCUUCCCCGCUCCUCCACAACCACAAACACCUUCCAGCCUCCGUCGCUUCACCACCUGCCCCGUCUCACCCACCUCGUCGACCCGAUCGACGAGUAAGCAUCAUCAUCGGCUACUAGCGCCUGAUAAUACAGCUACACUCUUCAUCUCCCCACCCCGGUCAAAACCGACACUAGCGAUGUCGAUCCAAGUGCACGCGCCCAUCAUCACCACCACCCCCACGCAUUCGCCGCGCGUUCGGCCUUCCCAUCCUUCACACUCCCAUUCAUC